CUGCAGAGAGACUGGAAAUUGGCAUGGAGGAGUCUGAUAGCUCAAUGACCAGUGUAGAUCCUUCCUCCAGAAGUGACCCAUCAUUGACACAAAGUAAAACAGUCUUGGUGGAGACUGAGCAGGGUCAGUCCAGUGACAUCACCAUCUCAGAUUCCGACACAAUCGCCACCGACUUGAACAACACCUUAACAAGCCUUACCCCCGACCCCGAUUUAAGUAACACUGAUGUUGAUUACUCGGCAGGGGUCAAGGGCAGUAAAGAAGAUCAGUCUUGUACUUCCUGUAUGUCCAGUAGUUGUUUUACAGAUGAAAGCACAGACGAAUCCUCACCUCAAAAACGCAGCAAAAAUGUUCCAGAAUUUUCUUCGCAAAAUUGGCAUAUGAACAAGUGUUUUAAUAGAUACUGGAAACAUUAUUACCAGUCUAUGGCCUGGUGCAAGAGACACUUUUAUGUCAUGAAGCAUAUGUCCAGUUAUAAUAUGAAUUAUUCUCAUCCUUUUUAUCAAAUGAAUAUGCCAAAUCCAAUGACUCCUCCAAAUUUAGGAAGAGGGCAGCAGUUCAAAAAGGCACCAGGUGAAGGUCGUGGAAGGGGUCAUGGGAGGUCAAGAGGUGGCUUGAGAAGGGGAACAGGUCAGUAUAAGAAUGCAGCUAACAGACACAAACAGCAUGGGUUAUCGAACCAAACCAAGCCUGUGAAGCAACCCCAGGAGACAGAAUCAGACUUAGCAGGGGUGGACUCAGACGAUAGUGAGGUGUAUGAAAUGGAGGUGACAAAAGAAAUGGUUCAGUUCUUUGCUCAUUCUCAUGAGCAUAGGAAAAAAAGAGAUGCCUCAAAAGAAAUUAUUGGAGAAGAUGGAACUGUCCAGAAAAGGAUUCAAAUAGAAGAAGUUAAAGCAAACAAAAAGGCUCCAACCAUAGAAGCCCCUUCAGAAAGACCUGGAGUUCGACGGACAGCAGAAAUGAUGAAGCUGUAUGGAAAGGGUGCCGCAAUGAUUCACGGAAUGGAGACUGCAAUACAGAUGACUUAUGAUAGGACUAUGGACAUUAAGCAACCAAAAUUCUGGCCAAAUAUGCCUCUUAAAAUUGUAUUUUCUUAACAUUGCAUAAUCAUUUAGUAUUUAAAGAGAUGUAGAAGA